AUGGCGGCUACCGGUACGGUUGUGUCCGAGAGCUCUCUCAAAAAUAGAAAUUGUGAGAAAUGUAAGAAAAACUCAGUGAAUGGCGUGAAAUGUGUUAAUUGUGAGAGUUUCUUCCAUUCAAGCUGUGCGAGAAAUUGCAGUUUCGUCAAAUCUAUUGGUGAAGAUUUGAUCAUAUGUUGUGAACCAUCAUCUCAAACUGUAAGUGAAUGUGAUAAUGAUCAAGCCUUUUUUGAUGCCAUCGAAAAUUUAUCAACUGACAAGAAGAUAGACAUAAGUAUUUUCAGCUAUGUAGUAAAACAAAAAGACAUAAUAAUUGAUGAAUUACGUACAAAAAUCGAGAUGCUCAACUAUCAAAUCGAUUCAGCAAAGAAGGCCGAGGAAAUAAAAACCGAUAAUACUGUGCAUCCCAUAAAAACUAUAGACAAGGAAUCAUAUGCCAAAAAAGCGGAACAGUCGCAUCAGCCGAAUGUUCCGUAUAGAACUGAAACCUCAUCCAGCAGUGUUGCCGGUGUUGCCGGUUCUUCCAAACUCCCCAAAGUCACGCAGGAAAAACUAUCACUCGCCCUACUGAAAAAUGAAACUAAAGAAAAGUGUGAAAAUAUCAUCAAUCUAACAAGAGAUGCUGAGUAG